AUGUCGUUGCCGUCGCGAUCACCGCCAAGUUUUUUGCCGACCGGAAGCGGAAGCGACUCACCAAUUGACCAUGAAGCUACGGUGAGGAUGGCAUCCAGUGCACCGGGUCUAGAAUUACUGGAUAUGGACGAAUUUCUUGACGCUUAUCGACGAUUCGUGGGUGAUGGGGAUGAGGAUACACUCGUGGGAACCGGGCUAGAUGAUGGCUCUGACUGGAGAUCAGCAACGCCAAUCCCUUAUAUCACCGAUUUCACCGAUAACGAAGACUUCCCAGGUGGUCCCGUGUUGGAGUUUCGCGUGUACCAGCAGCGUGCAGCAUCUCUUUUGCGGAUCAGCCUCCGGCUAUGCUGUAUGGACAAUUUGGCUGAUAUGGUGGAGGGUGGGCCCGAGGAUUGGUGGAGAAUCAGUCGGCAGUUGGCCAUCUACACAUACCAAGCGCUGUCGUUUCUGGAGGCCAUGGGUGAAAGUCACGACAUGAUCAUACGAAUGUAUGCACGCGCACUCUUCAUCCGCGAUCUUUAUGGGUCCGGUCCGACUGUCAACCUAUUGGAGCAGACGGACCGACUUGUAAACGCCUGCUAUCUGUUCGCCCGUGCGUCCGACGACAUUUCCCAGGUCUUGACCGAGAGUGACAUCGACACCGUCGAGCGGCUCCAGUGGGGAUUUGCUAGGAUUGCUCUGCGCACAGUCAGUGCUCUGAACCAACGCGGAGUGCCUCCAAAUGUGCUAAAUAAUGCUAUAGCAUAUCGGUGGAUGGGGUUAGAUCGUGCAGAGGCGCUCGAUAUGGCGCGUCAGAUUGAAUUGGUGAGGUUGAGGCUGGAUGAUGUGUUGCCUGGUGUCGAUGCUCAAACGCCUCAAGGUUUAACAGCGUUCGGGUGGUCAAGAAAUGAUUAG